GCCUCACUGUUACCUGUACGUGAAAUGAACACCUGUUGCCUACGGGGUUUUUAAAAAAAGAAAGAAAGAAAACCGCUCAUGUUUCAGGUAUCUUGGGAAGCCACAGAGGAACAAGGCCUGCUUUGAGUUUGCCAGACAGUGACCUGCUCCUCAAACGCACCACGCUGAGGCAGGAGUUGGACUAUAAGGAAUUAACGAGGGAUGUGUUUUUAAGGAAGCCUCACAGCGGCUGUCAGUAACCGAGCUACAGAUUGAACAUGCUGCAGGUUGUAUGAGUGACAGAUAUGGGGUCAUCAAGAUCAUAUUCGCAGACUUGCACUGUGGUGGGAGUUCUUUGCCUAUUUUUUACCAUCGAAGGUGCGAGUUCGGAAGUGCGUGGAAAGGUCGGAGGUGUGGUGGAGUUGGAGUGUAUUUUUCCUCAGUCAGACCCAGUAGGUGUGUCCUCUGCGUCCCUGCAUGUAGUAGAAUGGGUUCGACAAGGACUGGACAUCGCCGUCCUGAUCAAAUUUGGAUCCCACACACCUCGCGUCCAUCCACAGUAUGAGGGGCGGGUGUCUCUGGUACGAAUCACCACUCUGAGGCUGGAGGGCCUGCAGCUGGAUGACCAGGGCUUGUAUGAAUGUCGUAUCCUCUACUUACUGGAUGAACCCACAGAUGAGCGCCGAAACGGCACCUGGACCCUGCUUUCUGUAACUGCUCCACCCACCUUUACCCAUUCGCCACCUCCCGUGGUGGAGGGUCUUGUUGGAAGUCACCUCUCUCUGGCCUGCGUUGCUAAUGGCAACCCUAUUCCGACCAUUACCUGGUUAAAGGACGGCAGCGUGAUUGAAAGAAAAAAAUAUCAGGAAGGAGCCUUAUCUUUGCGAGCAGUGAGCAUGCAGUCGGCAGGACAGUACACCUGCCACGCCUCCAACUCGGAGGGAAACGUGACUCGCGUGACAAAAGUGGAGAUCAAAGGUCCGCCUGUCAUCAUCAUUCCUCCCAAAAGCACCUCUCUCAACAUGUCCCAGAAAGCCCUUCUCCGGUGCCAGGCAGUGGCUAACCCCCCCAACAUGACCUACGUGUGGCAGAGAGGUGGAGAAAACGUCUAUCACAUAGAGUCUUUGAAGUCGCGAGUGAAGAUCAUGGUAGAUGGUACUCUACUCAUCUCCAGGCUCAUCCCACAGGAUUCUGGGAACUACACCUGCAUGCCAACCAAUGGCCUGUUGACCCCACCGACCGCCUCUGCUACCCUCACAGUGAUGCACCCAGCCCAGGCUCUUCAGAUGCCCCAGAAAACUUAUCUUCCCACAGGCAUGGAUGGCAUGGUUAGGUGUCCAGUCGCAGCUCAGCCUCCUCUGCUCCGUGUGGAUUGGACGAAGGAUGGAGAACCACUUGACCUGUCCUUGUAUCCAGGAUGGACCUUGACACCAGAUGGCUCUUUGUUCAUGGCCACAGUCAAUGACGACGCAGUAGGCACGUACGUGUGUACUCCAUACAACAGCUACGGGAGCAUGGGUCCAUCUGGGCCAACAAAAGUAAUUCUGCAGGACCCCCCAUCAUUCAGCAUCACUCCAGAGAAGCAGUACACACAGGAGGUUGGUAGGACCCUACUCAUCCCAUGUCAAGGAAACCAAGACCCAACAAUUAAAGUGACCUGGAGCAAGGUCGACCUGGUUCGUCGCAUGUCCUACUCCAUCGAACCCAACGGAUCUCUUCUGCUGCAGCCUCUCAUCAAGGACCACCAGGGGGUGUGGGAGUGCAACAUUGUUAACCGCGUAGCCUCGGUGAAAGCGCGCACGCAAGUCUUCGUGCUGGGAACCAGUCCCUAUGCAGCUACCUCUCUGUCCGUCUCUCCAGGGGUGAAGCAGGCCAACAUAUCCUGGGAGGCAGGCUUUGAUGGAGGAUCAGCACAGACAUUUUCAGUUUGGGUGAAGAAGAUUUCAGGGAGUGAUAAUGAUGGGAGGCAGGAGUGGUUCUCUGUGCCCGUGCCCGCUUCCUCUGGCAACAGGCUGCAGGUGACAGACCUGUCUCCUGCCACUGAUUACCAGUUUAGCAUCUUGUCUCACAAUAAAAUGGGGACGGGACCCUUCAGUGAAAUCGCUACUAUACGGACUUUGGGACUGUGUGUAUGAGCUGCGGCUGCUAUCUCGUCGCGGGGAGUUGCUGAGCGAGCCCAGUCCAUCAGUCAAUGUCUCAACCGUGGGGAUGGAGAUAUACCCCGCCACGUCCCGACUCCUGGAGUUCGUCCCGGAGCCAUUACUUGCCGGUGUGCUGGGCGGGGUCGGCUUCAUGUGCUUGGCACUGGCUUUGCUGCUGGGGUCCGCCUGUGUCAUCAGCCACAAGAGGGACCAGCGGCGCAGAAAGAAGAAGGAUGUAAACCACCCCUCACUCCUGAGCCUCAAAUCCCCCUCUGCCAUCUAUAAAUCCUCCCCAUCAAGAAAGACUCCAGGCACCGGCAGUCCAGACAGUGUGUUGAAGAAAAGCCUACUACCAGGCAGCAUCCUCUAUCCCACCACUUCCUCUGCCACCUCCCCCUCCUCGCAAACAUACGGUUCCUCCAGCGCUGAUAAUCAUCAUCGGCAGAAACAAUUACAGUCCAGCUACAGUAGAGGGAGCAUUUCUAGGACAACAUCUUCUCCACUCUCUCCUUCGAUUGAGUUGAUCGCUAGAGGUCCAGAUGGGCGGUUUUUACUCCCAGCAUUUGACCAUGACACACUGAGCAUUCACAGCAAGAAAAGUUUAAGAUAUGACCAUUCCGCUAGCGUCCGAAGGUCCGUGUCGCUUCGCUCGGACAAGUCGGACAGGAAAGGGCUGCCGUUUGUUCUCUCUGUUGAUCUCCCACUUCACAAACAAGCUAAUUCCUCAAGCCAAAUCUGUGCUACAGUCCAGCACCUCCCUGAUUAUGAUCCUUAUAUAUUGGACCAGAAGGCAAACUAUGGUGGCUUUCCUGACCUCCGCAGCCUGUGUUCAAACAGUAGUUUUACCACCAUUCCUCCUCAAGACAGAAACCUAUCUCCCACUUUUCCAAUGCUCCCACAUAUUCGGUCCAGCCUUGGUCAGCCUUCUACGACCGCCAGCACUCUAGUGCUCCAAAUGGAGCACGAGCGGGAGAGAGGGAACCUGAGUCACUGUCUGAAACUGGCUCAGGAGAGGGAGGAGAUGGAGAAGGAGCUCCAGAAGUACACACUGCAAAGAAACUCCAUGCGAGAAAUGAGGAUGGAGCAGCCAGACUCAGAGAACAGAGAGGAUGAAGGUUAUGAGCGUGUCUGGAACUAUAAGAGCAGCACCUUGCCACAUAGAUACCCCCAAGGCAACAAGGACAUCUUUGGCUUGUCUCAGAGCCUUUACACUUCACCUUCUGUCCACUGGGAAGGCCGUCCUCUUGUCUCUCCUCCCACACAGAUCCCACCCAGGACCAGUUUCAAUGUAUCUACACCUUCAAGUCUUUCUUGUUUUCAGUCAGGCAACCAUCACCCCACUCUGCCCUUCACCAAACAGACCCCCCUCCGAUCUGAGGAGGCAGGCAGUGUUUCCAAAGACAGAUUAACUCUCCCACAUCUUUACUCAAAGCACCAGAGAUAUGAAAGGGUAGAGGCAGCACCAGAGGGCUAUGAUAAUUCACCACAAUCCACAGUUUUAGAAAUGCAAACGAAUGAUUCAUGCUCUGAGCCACGGAGACAGAACAAUCUUAGUCAUGGCAGCCUUUCAACGUUGUCUUUCCAUAGCAAUAAAUUUACUGAAGGAUCUAAUUCAGCUCUCAGUGCUGUGCCAGACUCUUCAAAAGCGGAGGUUGCAUUCCCCGAGCCCACUGAUGAAGACAUGUGUGUUGAGAUGAGUGUAGAUGAGCCAGAUAUUGAGGUAUGUGUUAUGCGGCCUACAAAGCCAAUGCUGCACCACAGAAUUGCCUCUCAUGUGCAACACGGGCGCCCGCUGACCCGCAGAGACCGGUAUGAGGAUAUGAGGAGGAGCACAAGCUUUGACUGCCGUAGUCCUGCCUCUGUGGACGAUAUCGUCAGGGUCCGAGCUUCUUUGCAAAGUCCAGAACAAGAACUCUGGAGAGCCGUGAGCCGAGGCUCUAAACCCUGGGAUGCAAAGCAGCGAAGUCAGAGUCUAGACUUAAGAAGACGGAAAGAGAAAGGUUUCCUGGCUCCUGAUGCAUGGAUAGACUCUCUCAGCCAAGAGAACUGCUCUAUUUCAUCCCCCUGUCACCCAGACUCUGUGUUCUGGGAACCCCAGAGCUGUCCCACCAGGAAGAUCUUGAAUUCUCCUGCAAGUUCUUCUACCCAAACUGGCUCCCUAUCACCUCAUGCUGUGGAUCCUUUAGCUUCAAGGAGCAGUCCACAGACGCCUAUAGCAAAUCCUGAUGUGCCUCGCCACUACGAGCCAAGAAGUGAGACACCCGUCUUACUCAAUGCUGCCAAAUGGCCAGGCGCCUACCAGGAGGCCGUGAAAGAGGCAGGCGGUUACGUGGAGGCCAUGAAAGAAGCUUCCAGGUGCUUUCUGCCCAACAACGGUGGGCUGCACGAUAAUGAAGACGUGCUGGAAGUGGAGGCAGGAGGCUACGAGGGAGAGCUGGAGUCUGGGAGCGGUUACAACAGCUAUGCCAGCAGCGGCCGAGGGAGCAUGGAGCCUGCUAACAGACGCCUGUCCUUCUGUCACCUUUCCCCAACCCUCACCAUCUCACCUGAGACUGUAGAGGAGUACGAGGGGAGCACAGAGGACAAGUAUCGCCACCAAAUAGAACCCUGCCAAAGGAGAAAGCCCUCAGUGGAUGAGAAUUAUGAGUGGGAUGCUGCUGAUUACUGCUCACAGCCUGGAGACCAUGAUGGCCUGCUUCCUUCAUUGGAUCUACAGAAACCUGCUCUGUUCUGUAGCCUUCCCAGCAUGCAGUGCUCCACUGAGGCACUGAAAAAUUGCACUCAGCUCUCUUUGCUCCCGGGGCAUCAAAGCAGCUGCUCUGCUGAGCCAGAACCAGACACCGUGCUGUUCUGACAGCGCCAGCCUUCGGCUCAUCUCACCUGGUGUGUCCUUUCACUUACUGACUCUCAUCAAGAGGCUACAAAAAGCGCAUGUUGCAGAAACUGAGCUUUCGUCUGAUCAAUACUUUUCUCUUUUUCAAACUAAAAAAAGCAAAAAGUCAAGAGCAGCUCAUUUGGGCGACAUUGUGCACUGUUCACAUUUGGUGUUGGAACAAGUAUUGAGUAAUGAAGUCACAAAAUCACUUUUACUCUUAGGCAGAGCAACAUUUGUGAUACCCAAACCAUCACGCUGUUGACAUUUUCCUUCAACAUAAUCUGCCAAUCUGCUAAUAUGCAAAGCACUGUGCUGAUGAAUUCACUACAUUCUAUGCUGUUUCAUAUGCAUUCAUCAUUCAGGGACCCUGUGGCCACACAAGGGACAAAAAGAAUCUCAGUCAUCAUCAAGUGACUUGGAUGAUAAAGUUUUUAGAUAUCAUCAAUCACCUUUGAAUUUAACAAAAGAGGUGCUAUGAAAACCCAAUAAGAAAGGAAGUUAAACUGAAUAUAAAAGGUUAUAUUUUUUUUACACUGUUAAUGUUUAUCGUAAGCGUGAAAUUGUUUCUAACAGUGUAAUUCCCCAACAGAGAUCAUUAUCUGCUUUUCUUUGCCCCUAGAAUACUGUGAAUAUUUGGGUUCCAAAAAAUCUUCUCAGACUGGAUGAAAGCUUUAGUUUCCUCUCCAGCCUUUCUCCUUGUUCAGUGAGGCAAGACCUCUAAUUAUGUUCAGCAAUUGAAUAGGGUCAAGUAAACUCGUAGGGUUUGUCCUUGUUUAUUUUUUUAAGGAUGUAAAGGGAAAAUUGAGUGUUAUUUUUUAUUUUGGCUUUAAUUUACCUAGGGUCAUUUCACUGAGAGAUUGUUGUUUUUUUUUUCAUUCUUUCUUUAUUCUCAUUGUUAUUCAUAUUGACACCUGGGAGUGCUUUUAGUCGCACCAUUUGUGUAGUUAAAUGCCAUGUUCAAGGGCAUGUUGACAAUGAAUACUUAACACAUCCACAUAGGGCCAGGGUGAUUAUUCAACCUUAUUCUUCAUUAACUGUCCAAUUGACGGGUUACAAGCAAAUGAGGUCAGUAUUAAAGACAGAAUAGUUUCAGACCACAAUGAAUUUGUUUCUGUGGAAUCCCCAACAUUUAAAAAAGUCAACGUAAAAUUCCAGGAUUAGGAUUUUCCUUUAACCUCUGAUAUAUCUCACUUGAUGAUAUGGAUAUGCAUGCAAAGACCAACAUCCGUCAUUUAAGGUAAUCAAACCCAAAUUUAAUGAAUAUAGUGCUGUAUUGUCACCACAGCCUCUUGCCCAAUGCCAGAUGAGAUUGGCACUAGCCCACCUGCGACCCUCUAGAGGAAGCGCUAUAGAAAAUGAAUUAAUUAAUCAACAAAACCAAUUAUGCAAUCAUACAUCAAUCUUGAGUUGUGUGUGGUCGACGAGGGAAUCUUUCCCAUUGCUACAAUCCAUCUGCAAUGAUGUAAAUGUAGCAUUAGUUCAACUUUGGUGAACUAUGAUCUGAUAGUCCAUACUGAAGGAACCAUCAUAUUAUCUGUGUAGCAUAAUUACAUUUUUAUAUAGAUAUACCUGAUUGAAAAGGAAGCACAAAUUAAUUUUGUUCUGCCACUUGAGUGAUUGGGCUAACCCUAACCCUAACCUUCAUAUCAUCACCAAUUCAAUUAUUUUAUAUGUGUUACAUAUCCUUCUUUGUGAUAUACAGUUUGUUGAUAUUAGAAAAUUGGACUCACUAAAACCAUUGAUUUCGCCAACCUCUACACCCCCAAUGCCGAUCAAGAUAGUUCCUGUUUGUUCUGAGGAAUUAAACCACAUGACUCUCCAGUAACAAACCUGCCACUGCUGACCCUAAACCUGCUGAGAGAAACAUGCUCAUGCUCCCUUGCCUUCAUGAACAAUGGUGCAAAAAAAGGGAAAAGAGGUUUUGCUCACUGCUGUAGCUCAAGGCCUUUACAUUAGUCAACCCCAUAAUUAACUCAGAACUCCGGAGUGUACCAGAGCAUUGCUGGGUAUCCAUCCUAUAAUUGAAAUUCACUCAUAGAGGCUACAUUUACUACAAAUCAAUGUUUCACUUUUGUAGAACAUUUUCAUUUUCUGCUGUACACAUAUUGUACUGCAAGUCCACAAAUGAUCAAACCUCAUGCUGGGAUUUAUACUCAGCACUACCUUUUUUUUGCCUACGUUUUUGGAUCUAAAUAUUGUGCUUCCAAAACAUCAAACAAGGAAAAAUAUGUGAAACUUGUUUUCUGUAAACUCAAUGUAAUGUUAAAAAAAAAAGUAGUUCUGCUUGUUUUAGAGCUAAAAUCUGAAUAGCAAAAUCCUUCAGGGACCUGCUGUAUGUUUUAUGUUGAGUGCUCUUGCAGAAACAUCAGCGAUAGAUAAUUAUAGUUAAACAGCACAAAGGAAAUGUGUUCAAAAAGAUACGUGGACAACAAGUGAGGGCUCAUAAACCUGAUCGUUAUACUGCUACCUUUCUCAGUUAUUGUGUCUACUUAGGGGGAUUAGCUUUAAAAUGAGCACUCUUUUAUUAUGUCCAUUAAGCUGUGAAUGAGUCACUGCCUGACAAAUGCCAGGAAGUAACUCUCAUAGCUAGAAACCCAUCAAAGUCUUAUGAAUGGAAAUGUCAUCUAUAAAUUGAAAAGUAAAACCAUAUUGUAGUCAUGUUGCCCACGCACAGUUCUAAAUUCAUCAUGAUUAGUGUUUAAAUCAAGUCUUUACAGAAUGAGUGAAUGUCAGCGUAACAUCAAUAGGAUUUUUUGUAUUUAAAAUAACUGAUUAUAGCAUUUUUUUCGGAAUGUUUGCCUGUCAGGAAAAUUAGUCAGUCGCAGUUAAGUCAUAAAUGUUAAGUUUCUGAUCAUAGGGUUAGGGUUAGGGUUUUUAAUUUUUUUUUACCAAUUUUCACUAAAAACUGUACCGCAUUUAAAAGAGGUUCCUUCCAGGAUAUAUAAAGAAGAUGACCGGAAAAAAGGCGUCAUAUUAUAUAAAAUCAAGAUAAAAAUGUAGGGGAAUGCAAAUAAAAUGUUGACUACACGCCAAAGCCCUUACAAGUAAUUACAGCAAUUAUAAAACUACAGAAGGUUUAGGCUGUCAAUGGUAUUUCAAUAGUCCAAAUCUCAACCACAGUUUUAUAUUACUGAUUCAUUAAAAUUAAAUUUUUACUGAUUUUAAUAAAGCUUAAAAUUCCCAGAUUUUUUUAAUUAAACAAUGAAAAUAAUUAGCCCUUUCUAUAGUUUAUGGUGUUCUUCUGUCAGUUUUCAUUAAGGUUAUGUUUUCCCUCCAUUUGUGAAAGAACAAAAUUUCAAAAAAGUCAAGAAAAUGAAAGGUAGUAGUAUUUACUAUAGAUUUAUUGGAUUAAUCAUAUCUGAAACAGCUUAAUUUCAGCAUCUACAGGUCUGUUGUUUAAAAGCUCUAUUUAGUGUUUGUCAUAGAUCUUUAGGAACUGAAUGGCAAGAGCAGCUUCUCUCUCCAUUUACACAAUGUUAAACCAGCUAAGCAAUCUGUGAUGGUGUACAGAUAUACAGCUCGGUGCCGCUCUUUUGACAGUUAGCGGGCAGCUGACUUCAUUGACUGAUAAAAUACUUGUCUUACAUCUGAACGAGCUUCUAAUUAUACUAAUGGUAUUAGUAAUGCAGCACCAGACAACCCCCCCCAUCCCGAGAAAAUGAUUGGAGGUAAUGUCACAGUCAUCUUUUUUAAUCCUCCGCAAUUCCAUUUAUUUGUAUCACUUUGACAUCAGAGAUUAUGAGGUGGGACAAACACGUAUUUCUUGUCUCUGGCUGUAGAGUAGAGUUUUCACAAUACGGCAAACACUGAAUGCAGUAAUGAGUGUGUACAAGUCAAAAGCCUUGUUGGGGGUAUCUCAGCAGCUUAUUUCAAAAGCGAACACUCGCAGCAUUCGAAUGACAAACAGCGGUUCGACAUUGACAGGUAACUUUUUUGUUUUCCAGUCCAAGUUCAUGCUGUGAUCCAUGUAUUCACAGGCAUUUUUCUCAGCUCAAUCUUUACCUGCAAACACACUAGUGACAGUCUGUUUGUGAAGUGAUAUUUUUCAUUGAAGACACUUAUUUCAUUCUGUGUUUCCUUUUUCUAAAAUUUCUAUACAAGAAGUGACACAGUGACAGCGUUAUCAGCUUUAUACAGAAGGUAGAGAAUAUUGUAGGAAUGAUGCUAUAUUUGGGUUUCAGUUGAAUCAAAAAUACUGAAAGUGUGAUUACUUAUUGAGACGCCAUUAUGCUUGAAACUAAUUUUUGUAAAAAAUGCAAUAACUUUGCAUGGCUGACAUGCUUCUUGGAGGCAUUAAUGAUGUUGACCUUAUUUAAGCAAGACGUGAAAGAAGUCAGUUUUUUUACAUGUGCUCUUACAGUUUCAAAUGUGGUGUAAUUAGUGAUACCUACGGUUACUGAUGGCGACAGCGAGUGCAGUUUAAAACUAUAAGAAACACUUCCUGAGCAGCUACUUUGACAGAAACAGAAGAGCAGCUGGUGUUUCUGUUUACAGUGCAGCCAAACAAACUUGAACUCUUUUAUAGAGCCCUACCAAUGCUGGAUUUUUUGAGCUGAUAGCAAUACCGAUAUUACAAAGUAAAACAUUUCCGAUAUAGAUAUAUUGGCCGAUAAUCUUAUUUAUACAGAAUAUAUAUAUUUAACCCUUACAUACUAUUCAGGGUCAAAUUUGACCCUUUUUUCAUUUGAGAGCUAUAAAAACACCAUAUAUACAUUUCUUUUAGAUGGACUUUUCUUAAUGUGGCCCACAGUAUACACAAAUGGAAAUAAACUGCAUAUAUAUGCAACUCUGGCCUGAGUUUAUGAAAAAAGAAAAAAAAAGAUCAGCAUUUAAACAUGUUGUAUUCUAUAAAAUGUUCACCUUGACCAUAAAAAAGUGAUCGUGAAUGUCUUUUUCCCAUGAGACUAAUCAAAUAUUUAUUGAUGACUGAUUGGGAAUAGAUGGGGAUAGAGACUAAUAUAUAAUAUUAAUAUAAUACGAAUGUGAACAGUAUGUGAGGGUUAAAGCACACUUUUUCUUCAUAAACACAGUUGUGUAAAGAUAUGUAAUUGGAGGCAUGAUAUUUAACAGUUUAACAAUAAACGCUCACUGAAACAGUAAGCGUCACAGGGAAUUCAAUAAUUAUAAAUAACAAAAAAAAAAGAAUUACAUGUAUAUUAAACUUGAAUUAAGGAAAAGGAUCAGCUACACAUAAAAUUCUGCCAAUGUAACUUUAAAAAAAAUAUCGGUGCAUAUCGGACAACAUACACACAAAUACCGAUAUAUCUGUAAAAGGCCAAUAAUGUCUACUGUUUUAUGAUAUAAAUGAGUCAAUAAUCUGCUUUUAUCCAUUAUGCCAUGAGCAACUUUAAACUGAUUUCACGAGGCAUGAGUAACUUUCUACACAACAGCAACCUUAGACUACUUGUUGUUGCAUUACUCAAUCUGCUGACUGAAAAUGUCAAAAAUGACAGUUGUCUUGUUUUGUAGAUGUUCAAUGAGCAGGCACAAACCUCAUUGACACAUAUUACAUUUCUUGUGACAGUGCAUUGCCAGUUGAAAACUUUGAGUGUGAACUUGCAGCAGAUGGAAAUGCUUUGUUUGUUGUUUCAUAAGCAGUAACUUAAUACAGCUCUGAUGCAGAGUCAGGAGACUAAACAAUGAGGCAGAUAUCAACGAGAUACAAUUACAAACAGUAACCCUAGGUUACAUGCAUGCCUCGUGAAAACCCUCUGAAACCCCCCUGUUCAGGUAAUGAAUCCUGCAUGGCAGACUCCAGCACUAACAGUGAAAAGGUCUAUGAAUGUAAAGAGGUAAUUUACAGGCAAUGAAUACAUUGAAUGGCGGCUGCUGAAAAAAUGCUGGCCAUAAAUUUUAUCAUAAAGAGAGUCUGAUUUCACUUACUGAUUACAACAUAAAGGAAAUCUGAGAAAGUCAUGUUCUAUCUAAGUCAUCGCUGAGUCAAACUCACCUAGAAUGUAAAUGUCUUUCAUCACCUUAAGUCACUCGCAAAUGCCCAGCUCACAGCUCACAGCACACUACUUCUUCAGUUAUUUUACCUGGAGGCCAAAGCACGCACUCAAUUAAAAGUUGACAAGCUUUACUUUUCUCUACUGUGGAAACUUCAGUGUGACAUGCAAGUUAAGUGAGUUAACAGCUCUUGAACAUUUUGAAUACAUUAGCCAGAAAUCCAGGCUAAUUAAUUAAAUCAUGAUUUGUGUCAUCGAGUGCUCGGAAGUUGAUCUUGAGAAAUUAUAUUUAAUGUUAUUUAAAAGCAGAAAACAUCUGAUUUUACUUCAUUAAAUGUUGGGGUUUGGUCAGCUUUAUACUGUUAAUUAAACAACUUUCAUUUUUUGAUAGUUACUUGGAUAAAAUAAGCAACGUUAUUAGUUUUUGUGGAAUAUAUCAUCAAUUCAUGAGACAUUUAGGAUCUGAGAUAUUACCUGCACCCAUGAUCAGUUCCUACUCUAUCGGCAGGACUGCCCUAUUUUCAUAUUAUGUUCCACUGUGAUACAGGAAUUUAUCAUUUAACCUAGCAGAUAUUCGUAAUUAUUUUUUUGUUUCAAGUACAGCAGGUAUUUUGUUUGCAUGACAGAAAGAAUGAGGUUGGCAAUUAGUGCUCGUUGCUGAGGAUAAGCCGUAACCAUUAUCUCCUGCCAAGUGUAAAAUUAGUGUGAUUAUCAGCAAUGUUACCGUAGAAAUAUGGUCGGUCGUGGAUAAUUUAAAGAUUGAAACCUAAAUGGGCGUUUUUCAAUCAAGUCUAUCUGCACAUCCAGCAUCCAGUCUGUGAGGCGAGAAUUCACAACAUGUCAGCGAAGUUAAUUACCUCACUGAACGCCUCCCAGCAGAGUGUGGAAUAAUAGCAUCAGGGGAGAAAAUGACUUUUCUUCUCUUGUAUUGGUUUUAUAGUACAGCAGAAUCUUUCUUAACCUCCACUUUAGCUUUCAUUUUAAUUAGGCAUUCGCCAGAGAGACAGACUUUCUGAAAUACAUCUGUGUUCUUGUUAUCCCAAGGGCAAUAACCUUGCAGUAAGUGUUUCUUUAUUCUCUCACUGAUUACGAAGCGUGUUCAUCCAGAAUUGAUGACAUUAUAAUCGUCGGGUUUAGUGUGUCCUUGAAAACCCAUUUGUACGAAAAAGAUAAUUGAGCCCAAUUUUUCACAGCGGCUGUUGACAUUAUGAAGCACUUUGCAGGUUCUUGAUUGAUAAAUAUGACCGAUACAAAUGGCUCUCUUUUUACUAACUCAAGUAGUUUUUAUGAUAUCCUUAAAAUUUUUAGACUCAAUAUACUUGGAAUGGCAGACUACUUUUAAAAUUUGUUUUAUAUUAUUACAUAAAGACAAACAUACUGCUUUGUAAUAUUAAAAUCAACCAUAUAUUUAUGUGUACUGUUUGCUUGUAAAUUAUAAGAAUUAAGCAUUUGCUUUGUUAUGAUUUCUGUAUUUAUGGUUAAUGAGCUACUUACUUGGCUUGCAAUAAUGUUUACAACAAUGAUGAUGUAAUGAAACAAAAGAGCUAAUCAAGAUGGGAAAAAAUAUCAACAUAUGUUAAGAUUAAGUCUGUAUAUUGUGCAGGUUUCCUCAUUAGGAGCUACUAUUGUUCAUGUUUGGAUAAUGAAUUUAUGAUUUGUGAUGUUUUAUACGUAAAUAACUGAUUUUGAUAUUGUAGCAGCUAUUAAGUUAGAAGUCAGCUGUGGUUUAUUGGUUUCCUAUGUUGUGUGUAUUUUGUGUCAUGUAAAGUAAUUACUUUGAGACAGUUUAACUACUUAUAUGCAAUCCCUGAAUCAGGGUUUCCAUUGUUUUAAAUACAAAUGCAAUAUUGUCAUACAUUUAAGAAAUACAUUUUAAGAACCUAUGUACAAUGAAAUAAUCACAUGCUAUAUUUCUAAAUCCUGUGUCUUUCACUGCCUCUUUAAACUGUUCAUUGAUUUUUUCCCCCUGUAUAAAUCAUAGUUUAAAGCCUAACAGAGCAACACUAUAUGUCAUGUUUUAAUAAAAAAAUAUAAACCCUG